CGUUGGAAGCAGGGCGAUCAGCCGGGAGCUGCCGAGGCCUGGGGGGGGCCUCUAGCACAGGGCAGCCUGGGAGGGGCAGCUGCCUGGGCACCCGGGCACCGCGAGGAGGGGCUGGGGCCCGCUGCGGGGUCGCAGAUGUGUCCUGGUGCCCGGAGAGGGCCGCAGGGCGCUGGGGUCGUGGGCGGGAGGCCGGGCUGCUGGGAGCUCACGGCCCCCGCCCCUCGUCCCAGGCUCUUCCUCAGCUACCCGCAGACCAAGACCUACUUCCCGCACUUCGACCUGCACCCGGGGUCCGCGCAGCUGCGCGCGCACGGCUCCAAGGUGUUGGCCGCCGUGGGCGACGCAGCGAAGAGCAUCGACAACAUCGGCGCCGCCCUGACCAAGCUGAGCGAGCUGCACGCCUACAUCCUGCGCGUGGACCCGGUGAACUUCAAGGUGAGCCGG